UGUACUAAUGGCAGCCAGAGAUGCUCAGACACCUUUCUUUAUCCCCUCACUAAAGGAAAAGCCUGUUAUGGUGCUGUUGUAAAGAUUUCUUUAUGACAUGGACAGAGCCAUAUAUCCGCCUAACACAGCCUCACCCUUGUGAAUUACUCAUCACACUUGGUCCAUCCAGUGAUGACUCAAAUCAGGAGCAAAGGACUGUUCAGAAAUACCACGCAAGAAUUUAAAUUAAUUCAUUAAUUAUGCAAACAACCACAUAUUACACCUGAACACACCACCGCAUAUAAUUUUUAAUUUUUUUUUAAUCCCGAACAUUAUCAAGUCCGGUAACUCCAAGAGAGAGGCAGCAGCACAGAGUGGAGGAGGGAGGCGGUGUUUUGCAGUCAAACCGCAACAGCGCUGCUGCGAGACGACAUCCAGCUACAGCUGCUCUCAUCUGGCACACACACACACACAUAUCCACACACACACACGCACACACACGCACGCACCGCGGCGGCGCUUUGCAUCAUGCGGGAGGGCUCAUCAUGAUAAGGAACCUGUUACACACGCUGCACAUGUGAUGGCAGGCAGCCGCGCCGAGUCGCCCUCCUCAUCUUCCUCCAUCACCUCCUCCUCCUCCUCCUCCUCCACCGCACAUUAAUUAGCGGGCGAUUUACACUCCUGAGGGUCUCGGGUGUCUUAAUGAGGAUAUUGCGGCAAUGGUGAAGGACAAGGCCGAAAACCGGACGCUUCAGUAUCAGCAAACUUUGAUGUAUGGGCGGUACACCCAGGAGCUGGGGGUGUAUGCCAAGGAGGAAGCGGCCCGCCUUCGAGAUGGAGGAGUGCGGGAUGGUGGAGGACUGCGGAGGAACACCAGUGUUCGUAGUCGUGCUGCAGAUCUGCUGGAGUACGAGAAAGACCCUUGUGCAAAGUGUCAUUUGUGUGCGUCUCGCUGCCAGAAGUUCCUGAUCUCACGGGUUGGGGAGGACUGGAUCUUCCUCAUUCUGCUGGGUCUGCUCAUGGCUCUGGUCAGCUGGGUUAUGGACUAUGCCAUCGCCUUCUGCCAAGAAGCACAGAAGUGGAUGUAUGGUGGACUGGACAGUAACCUGCUUCUGCAGUACAUUGCCUGGGUCACCUACCCUGUAGUGCUCAUCACUUUCUCAGCGGGAUUCACACAGAUCCUGGCGCCUCAGGCUGUGGGUUCAGGUAUUCCUGAGAUGAAGACCAUCCUGAGGGGGGUGGUCCUGAAGGAGUACCUGACUUUUAAGACAUUUGUGGCCAAAGUCAUUGGUCUGACCUGCGCUCUGGGCAGUGGGAUGCCUCUGGGGAAGGAGGGACCGUUUGUUCAUGUUGCCAGUCUGUGCGCUGCUCUCCUGAGUAAAUUCAUGGCUGCUCUGUUUGGUGGGAUUUUCAUGAUGAGAAUGGAAGAGCCCUUUGAGGGAAGCAAGAACGAGCUGAGGAACACUGAGAUGCUGUCGGCUGCCUGUGCAGUGGGUGUGGGCUGCUGCUUCGCUGCCCCUAUUGGAGGGGUGCUGUUCAGUAUCGAGGUCACUUCGACAUUUUUUGCUGUGAGGAACUACUGGAGGGGCUUCUUUGCUGCCACCUUCAGUGCCUUCAUAUUCAGAGUGUUGGCAGUGUGGAACCAGGAGGAAGAAACAAUCACUGCUCUCUUUAAGACCCGUUUCCGUCUGGACUUCCCGUUUGACCUUCAGGAGCUGCCAGCCUUCGCCAUCCUCGGGAUUGCCUGUGGGUUUGGUGGUGCUCUGUUUGUCUACCUGAACCGGCUGAUUGUGGAGUGCAUGAGGAAACAGAAGACUAUUAACAAGUUCCUGCUGAGGAAUCCCUCUCUUCCUGUCAGACGGCUGGUGUAUCCCGCACUCGUCACCCUGCUGGUGUCCACACUCACGUUCCCUCCAGGUUUCGGGCAGUUCAUGGCCGGACAGCUGACGCAGCACGAGUCUCUGGUCGCGCUGUUCGACAAUCGCACGUGGUGCCGUCAGGGCGUGGCGGAAGAGUUCGACUACAUCAGCCACCACCACGCCUGGAAACACCCCCAGGUCAACGUCUUCAUCACGCUCAUCCUCUUCAUCAUCAUGAAGUUCUGGAUGUCCGCUGUGGCCACCACCAUGCCUGUUCCCUGCGGGGCCUUCAUGCCAGUUUUUCUGAUCGGCGCAGCGUUUGGCAGACUUGUUGGAGAGAUCAUGGCAGCCAUGUUUCCUGAUGGCAUACAUGCUGACGGCAGCGUGUAUCCCAUAGUUCCUGGUGGUUAUGCUGUAGUUGGUGCUGCAGCGUUGUCUGGAGCAGUCACCCACACUGUAUCCACAGCAGUUAUAGUGUUUGAGCUGACUGGUCAGAUCUCCCACAUCCUCCCUGUGAUGAUAGCUGUGAUCCUGGCCAACGCCGUGGCCCAGUCGCUCCAACCGUCGUUGUACGACUCCAUCAUCCGCAUCAAGAAACUUCCUUAUCUGCCUGAGCUGGGCAUGGGCCAUCACGAGAAGUAUAAUAUCCGUGUGGAGGACAUCAUGGUCAGGGAUGUGCGCUUCAUCACUCUCAACUCUUCCUAUCGGGACCUGCAGGAGAUGCUGCUGACCGGUCAGCUCAAAACAUUGGCCCUGGUUGAAUCCAGAGACUCCAUGAUCUUGCUGGGCUCCAUCGAGCGAUUGCAGCUCCAGUCUCUGCUCUCUCUUCAGCUGGGCCGCCAGCGGAGGCUGGAGUACCUCCGCCAGCUGGCCCAAGACAACGGCACCCAGGAUCACCUACCUAGCCUGACCUCCGACAGCACACCCAGCUCCCCCUGUGCCCACACCCACAUCAACGCCUCUACCAAUACCAACACUCGCCAAGCGGUCCGCUUCCUGGUGAGCACGCAACAGAUCUCCACAGAGGAGUCGUCCUCCUUCAGCCCAGUGGUUUCCAACGUUCAGCUUCCUCUGAAAUCUGCCUUGAAGACCGUGUCUGCCAUCAGUGACACGGAGACGCCAAAUAGCUCUCAGACUCUCUCCUGUGCUGACCAAGACAAAGAGCUACUGGAGAGCCCGGCUGGGCCGGCUCCUCCUGAAAAAAGAAAGCCCAAGCCCAAACGAGUGAGGAUCUCCAUGGCGGACUCUACUGAAGUAGAAGAUUGCAUGACCCCAUCAGAGAUAGCGGAGUGGGAGGAGCAGCAGCUCGACGAGCCGGUGGAUUUCAAAAACUGCAAGAUUGAUCCUGCCCCGUUUCAGCUGGUGGAGCAAACAUCUCUGCAUAAGACCCACACUAUCUUCUCUCUGCUGGGUCUGGAUCACGCCUAUGUGACCAGUAUGGGACGUCUGGUUGGAGUGGUCUCUCUUAAAGAGCUGCGUAAGGCCAUAGAGGGCUCAGUGACAGUGACUGGAGUAAAAGUGCGCCCUCCGUUGGCCAGUUUCCGUGACUGUGGGAACAGCACGAGCGUAUCCGAGGUAACAGAACUACACAAGUUGUGCAUCCGCCACAGGGGGCUUUCGUUGCCACGAGAACCCAACCCUCCUGACGUGGAAGACCAGCCAGAUCUCCCAUACAAAGAGAUCCCUGUCAACUUCUCGGACCAAACGAAUUUGCAGUUUGAAACCAGCCCCGGCGACGCCACAAAUCAGUCGUCGGAGCUCCAGGAAAGCCCAUCCUUCACUGAGGACCAUUCAGAGUAUACUUUUGACUGCAGCCCCUCCCACACUGAGGAAUCAGAGCUGGCCUGUGACUAUGACCCCCCGACCCAAACACCCGAGCCAGACGAAACCGAGCAAGAAGAACAGAGGAGUCCAUCUCUGAACAAGGACCUAUCAGAACCUGAGGGAGAGGGUAGCCCUGCCAACACUGAGGAUCAGUCAGAAUGAUGGGAGGGGAUCCAUACUGUCGCCUCAUGAAUGUUGACGUUUCUUACAUUUGUAGAGGUCACUCUCACCUCCAAGUCCAGCCUAGAUACCCAUGUUUCUAACGUUGUUGUAGAGCGAGUGAGCGAGUGGGAGUGAGUAGAUGUGACAUUUAGUAUUGUGUUAUUGUGCAAAUGCGUGGAUAAAGCGUGUAGUGAUGGAUAAAGCUGGUUUUAUUCUAUAUUUUUUAUCAUCAGCAAAGGAAAAGACCAAAACCAACAAGAGGUUUUUAUCUCCCGUCUGUAACUCACUCCUGCUGAAGAUAGUAAUAUUUAAAGAUGAUUUUACAAAGUCUGUCACAGGUCUGUAUAUGUAUCAAGUUAUAUAAAGAUGGGGCUGUGCAAAGUCAGAUAGAUUGACAGCAUCAGUUGAAGACUACAAGUUUGAAAAUGAAAAGAUCUGGAGGAAAGAAGUCAUCUUCUCCUCUGUAGCUCCUCAUGAGUUGCAUUAUGGGUAUGCGUUUGGCAAGAAAGAAAACCACGUCGGGUAAAAAAAAAGAUAAUACCUCUGGUUCUGCUGCAUCAUUUGUUAUCCUCUUAUAUGAAUAAAAACUGUCUUUCAUAAGUCAGACACGAUAUCGUGCAGUGGCAAACUCUUUUAGAAGAAUUAAAAUCUAGGGCAACAGGACUUUGUUGCAGAUUCAUGAAGACAUUUCAUAUUUUAUCCAAGAGGCUUCUUCAGAACCAGAGAACGGAUGAGAGGUGAAAUGUCUUCACGCAUCCAAGCCCAGCAACUAAAUCCAGUUGUCCCAGAUUUAAUCCUCUCAAAGACAGAUGACCUGGACGAUUCAGAACCUUCACAGACUGGAGAACUGUUUUAAAAACAACCAACAGUUAGCCACAGCGUCCCAUUGAUAGCUGUUUUUGGAGCUUUGGAGCACAUCACAUGAUGUUCAUAAAAAAGAGUUUGCUCAGUUGUCAUGGAAAUGUUUAGGGUGUUUAAACACUUCUUGCCCAGGUUGGCUUAAAGGUUUGAUUGGAACUGCGGUUUCCAACGUCAAGAAUGACCUUUAAAACUCAAUUUCAUGACCACAAAGCAAACAUCUACUAAAUGGACCUUUAGCUGAGAUUAUUUCAUCAAUAUAUUUUCAUUAGAAACAAAGAGCUGCACACUGUCAGUGAAUUUUUUUCAGCACAAGGACUUUAUAUAUGAGAUGUUGCCUGUAUAGUGAUCAAAUUCAUUUUGGUAAUGUCACUCAAACACAGGGUAUUAGUGAAUUUGUUCAUUAUUUUCAGGAGCCAGUACAACAAUGUGGCUCAUUUCUUUAUUCACUAGUGUUCAGAGAAGAAACUAGAGCAUGAUUUGGCUACAAACACAACACUAGUUUGGUUCAUGGGAGUUGUUGACAAUCAGAAAAAUUAUAUAUAAUAUCACCAGCUUUAUCUUUUAAAUGUGUGUGUCUGUGUGUGUGUGUGUGUGUGCGUGCGUGCGUGCGUGAAAGACACUUUUUGACACUUUCCUUGCCAUGCUCAAAUCUGGUCCAUGCCAAAAUAACAUCUUGUAAAGACUUCAAACAUUACGAGGAGGGAAAUAAGUCACGGAGGGCAGAAAUAAACGGGAAGAAAGCACAGAAGAUGUGGAAAAUGAUUCUAAUGAGCACAUGAUACUACCUAUCCACUAGCACUAACACAUCAGAGGGCCAAAGUUAACGCCUAAUAAUAUGAAGAUAUAGCACUGUUGGUUAUAUGUUGGUUGAUAUGCAAUACAUUUACAGUAAUAAUGCAGUAAAAGGUGAUUUAAUAGCAACAGCGUCAUCAUUAAUUUGUCCAGACUUUACAGCACUCUGCAGUCUCAGUCGAGUUACACUCGAUUAUCAGAAUAUAU